CCCCCACAUGGGGUCGUAACCCCUAGUUUAGGAACCACUGAGCUAGCUAGUCUGCCUCGCUAAUGUUAGCUCAACUUAACUGUACUGAAUGGAUGCUCUUUGUCUGUUCUGGUCAACUCCUCAUUGGUGGAUGGUGUCGUGGGCAGAAGGAUACAACAACCUUCUCUCUCUCGUGCGGUUUUAUUUAAGAACUUGUCAUACCACACAGACUGACUGUAUCUAUGAAGUUGUUUGAAUUUCAGAGGAUCUCUUCUAAAGCCCAGCGAAAGAAGACUACUGAUCGUCCAACUGUAAAAGCAGUUUCCAAACAAGAAACGGAAGAGUACUCUGAUGGUGAGGAGGAUGACGAUGAUGAGGAGCACGAUGAAGACGACAAUAACAGCAAGCGCUAUGAACCUCGACAGAAAAAAUCAGUGGUUCGCUACCAGGCACCUCUGGAUGAAUCCAGGAAGAAGCCUCUGUUUUUCGACCGCCAGGCAUCUUCCACUAGAGAGAGUUACCGCAUCAGUGCCUCAGUGCCCAGGAGUGUCCACACCACCAGCCGAAGGAGUGGCAGGUCCCUCCCACGGUGUCUGCCUCUGAAUUGGCGCAAAGAGGGCAUUUGGGACAGAAUCCAUAAGGACAGAAUGAAGAUGGGUGCAAGUCUUGCGGAUGUCGACCCCAUGGCGAUUGACCAGUCGGUGCGCUUCGACACCGUUGGCGGUCUGACAAGCCACAUUUCCGCCCUGAAGGAGAUGGUAGUCUUCCCUCUGCUCUACCCAGAGGUGUUUGAGAAAUUCAGGAUCCAGCCCCCAAGGGGCUGCCUGUUCUACGGUCCCCCUGGUACGGGGAAGACCCUGGUGGCCAGAGCGCUGGCCAACGAGUGCAGCCAGGGGGAGAGGAAGGUGGCCUUCUUCAUGAGGAAGGGGGCCGACUGCUUGAGCAAGUGGGUGGGAGAGUCGGAACGCCAGCUAAGGCUGCUCUUUGACCAGGCUUACCAGAUGCGGCCAGCCAUUAUCUUCUUUGACGAAAUCGAUGGGUUGGCUCCGGUUCGCUCCAGUCGUCAAGACCAGAUCCACAGUUCCAUUGUGUCCACCCUGCUGGCACUAAUGGAUGGCCUGGAUAGCCGAGGAGAGGUGGUGGUGAUCGGAGCCACCAACCGACUGGACUCCAUCGACCCCGCCCUCAGACGCCCCGGACGCUUCGACAGGGAGUUCCUCUUUGGCCUCCCUGAUCGCGAGUCCCGGAAAGAUAUCCUGAAGAUUCACACCAGACAGUGGAAUCCUACACCGUCCGAUCCUUUCCUGGAAGAGUUGGCUGAUAAAUGUGUCGGCUACUGCGGCGCCGACAUCAAGGCGGUGUGCGCCGAGGCGGCCCUGUGCGCGCUGCGCCGGCGCUACCCCCAGAUCUACGGCACGUCCCAGAAGCUCCUGCUGGACGUGGGCUCCAUCAACAUCAACAGCCGGGACUUUGUGGCCGCCAUGAGGAAGAUGGUGCCAGCCUCCCAGAGGGCUGUGUCAUCCCCUGCCAAGGCCUUGACCCCUGUGGUUAUGCCCCUGCUGGGCCCCGCCCUCACCAACGUGCUGGACGCAGUGCAGAAGCUCUUCCCCCACGCCGAACAGGGCCUCAAGAGGAAGAGGGAUGCAGAUCUGACAGACAGCAUUCUGGAGGAUGAAAUCAUGUACAGUGGGGACGAGGGCCCCUCGUCCAAUAAUUCCAUCACCAAACAGACCACCACCAAAGGGAGCUUCCUCCAUUUUGCCAGGAGUGCGAUCUGCCACCCCACCACCUACCGGCCCAGGCUGCUGCUGGCUGGGCGUCCCGGGGCGGGUCAGAGCUCCCACCUGGCCCCCGCCGUGCUCCACGCCCUGGAGAAGUUCACCGUCUACACCCUGGACAUGGCUGUGCUGUUUGGAGUCAGCUGUACCUCACCCGAGGAGGCCUGUGCACAGGUGUUCUGCGAGGCCAAGCGGACCUCCCCCAGCAUAAUGUACAUCCCCCACAUCCAGCAGUGGUGGGACACGGUGGGCUCGGCCCUCAAGGCCACCUUCCUCAGCCUGCUGCAGGACAUCCCCUCCUUCUCCCCCAUCAUGCUGCUGGCCACCAGCAACGUGGCUCACCACGACCUGGCCGACGAGAUCCAGACUCUGUUCCGGAUGGAGUACGGAGAGGUACACUCUAUCCAAAUUCCCACCCAGCAGGAGAGAAGGAAGUUCUUUGAGAAUCUCAUCCUUAGCCAGACUGCCAAGGCACCCGCGUCCAAGAAGAAAGCCUUGAUGCAUGCCAUGGAGGUGCUCCCCCUUGCCCCCCCUCCUCCCCCCAGGCAGAUGAGUGAGAGGGAGCGUCUGCGUCUGGAGGAGCAGGAGGAGGACACACUCAGGGAGCUGAGGCUGUUCCUGCGCAACGUCACCGAGCGCCUCUCCCAGGACAAACGCUUCAAGGCCUUCACUAAGCCUGUGGACAUCGAAGAGGUUCCUGACUAUAUUAAGGUGAUCAGGCAUCCCAUGGACCUCUCCACUGUACUGUCCAAGGUCGACCUCCACAAGUACGUGACCGUCAGGGAGUUUGUCAACGACGUGGACCUGAUCUGGAAGAACGCCCUGGAGUACAACCCUGACAGCGACCCAUCUGAUCGUCAGAUUCGUCACCGGGCUUGUGCCCUGAAGGACACGACCCACGCCAUCAUCCGCGACGAACUAGACAAGGACUUUAACAGAAUCUGUGAGCAGAUCAGAGAGUCGCGCAACAAGAGAGGGUGCACGUCCUCAAAGUUUGCCCCCUCCUACUACCAGGCCUUGCCCAGAGAGGAAGGAUUUGCCGAGUCCAAGAGGCUAGGCGGUAACACUGGCAAAGACGCCAGCACCCCGUUCACUGCCAACACCCCAAGGCCCGCACUGAGGCGUGUGACCCGUGCCACCAGGACUCUGGUGCAGCAGCAGCAGUUGAUCGACGUGGACAAGGCCCUGGAGAUCCUGACCCAGAAGACGCCUCAGCUGGUCGUGGACCACGACAAACUCAAGGAAUUGCUCAAAAGAGUUGUGUCCAAGACGGAGGGCUAUGAGGUGCAUCAGCUGGAGAAGCUGUAUGCUCUGUUGUGUCAGAGCAUCUACAGACACCGCAAGAACUUUGAUAAGACAGAGCUCUUACAGGAAAUGAAGAGAGAAAUCGACAACUUUUCCUAACUUCUUCCCUUGAUGUUUUCCUAUUUUCCAUAUUGUAAUAAAAUGAUGCAUUUCAAGAUUUUCUCUUUUUUACCUAUUACAAUGGGCAUAAUCAUGCAUUACAUUGGUCAGAAAUGUGGUUACCAUAAUUUAUAGUAUUUCAGAGGCACGGACUUGAGUCAGAAUUGACUUUAGACUUGUAUAUUUUUCUUACUUGUGACUGACUAACACAGUGUGUGUAUUUUUAUGUAUGCAUUUGUCUGAAAUCAGUCACACACAGUAUGUGCGCAUAUGCACAGGUUCACUUCACGCUCUUACAGUGUGGGAGCCACGGGACCAAAACAGUGGAGAAGUUGAAACUUGUGCUUCAACACUUAGUUGUUGCGGAAAUUGACCCACUAUGCGGUUUACUUUCUGCAUCUGUCAUAUCACUGAGUCUACCUUUUCAAUUGCAUAUUAUUAAAGUAUUUAUAUAUUUUG